GUACACAGAGUGUCUCUCUGCAUAAAUCGAGAGCUCACGGUUCCCAUCAGUAUCACACCACACCAUUUCUAGAUAGAGAAACUCCCUCUUCUAGAGAGAGAUAAAGAAACCGAAGAAGAAGAAAACUAGUCUUUUCAUCUGGGUUUCUACUAAUUCCACUUCUCACUCUAAUCUCUGUUCAAAGUUUGUGGCUUUACUUCUGUUUAGGUUCGAGGAGGAGAGAGAAAGUGCAGCCUUUCUUCGCCUACGAAGAUUUUCAGGAUCUCUUCCUUUCCUUGUUUUUUUGUUCUUUUUCCAACUUUUCCCAUUUCAUAAUUUCGAAAAACAAACCAUAAAGUUGUGACUUUUCUCAAACAAAAAACAAAACCAGAUUUCAAAGUCCUUACCUUUAAUCAUUUUUCUCCAAAACAAACAACUUUACUCCGAAAUGUCAUCAUUUCUUCCCACCUCCUCUCUCACAUUCUUCCUCCUCCUCUUAUUAACAUCCAGCUUCCACAUUUCCUUCGCCGGUCUACUCGCCGAACCUGUGACCGGUAACCCCCAGCCGCUCAAACCAGGGGAAAACUCCACUCCCAACACUGUCCCGGCCCUCCCAACCCAGAACCCGACCCAGAACCCUAUCCAGACCUGCCACCUUGACCUCUCCGCUGAGCUCUUCGGCGGCGUCAGCCAAGCAUGCGGCCGAAACCUCGACCGGAGCCGAUGCUGCCCUGUUCUAGCCGCCUGGCUCUUCGCCGCCCACGCCAGAUCAGCCCUUGAGCUCCCCUCCUCGGCUCCGGCUCCGUCGGCGGUGCUCGACCAGCCGAUGAUGCCGGACGACUCGCAGAAGUGCGUCAACUCGCUGCAAUCCUCGCUCGUCAACCGGAACAUCCGGAUUCCUCAACCCAACGCCAGCUGCGACGCCGUUCUGUGCUUCUGCGGAAUCCGGCUCCACCAGAUCGGAUCCCUCAGCUGCCCCGCCGCCUUCAACGUGUCGCAAGGGUUCCACAACGCCACCCCCACCGCCGCCCUCAGGAAUCUCGAGAAGAACUGCCGCAACUCUUCGUACUCCGGCUGCACCAAGUGCCUUGGCGCUGUCCAGAAGCUCAAGGGAGGGAGCAAGAACGGAACGGCGGGGGACAGGAGCACGAGCGAGAGAGCGAACAAGAUGUUCAACCGUGACUGCCAGCUCAUGGGGCUGACGUGGCUCCUCGCCCGGAACAAAACGGCGUACAUUCCGACCGUUUCCGCCGUUCUGCGAGCCAUAAUGUACAGUGCGCACCCGCCGCACGAGAACAUGUGUAGCCCGGACCAGGAGAACAUGCCGCUUGCCGUCGAUUCGCUGCAGAUCGAGAAGGGGCAAGGGUUCGCCACAUCAUCGCCGUCCAUUUUGUUAUUUCCGAUCCUGCCCCUGAUCAUUUGGGCGUCUCUGUUUGUCUAAGGGAAUCCGGGGGUGUGGUUUUGCCCAAUUUUUUGGUUGUGUCCCUGUCGCGUCGGGUCACGUGAUGCUAGUGGACAAUACGGGGCUGUUGGGUUGUUUUUGUCAUUUUGCCCACUGUAAAAAUUUCAGCUCGGUUUCCAAAAAAUUGUAGUGGUACAGCAGGAAAGGUCUUAUUUUAUUAGAAAAACUAAUGAAAAAUGUUUGAAAAUUUUGAGUUUUAAUGAUAAGGACAAAAUAAAGGGUCAAGUGAAUAGUA